GGCCAUGGUUGUCCUAAACCAAGCCAGCAUUCUGUCUAAUUUAAGGGUAACCUUGCAUGGCUUUUCCCACCCAAACACACUCCCUCCCAUGCGCCGCGGCUUGUGCUGCUCCUCUAUUCUCACAGCAUACCACAUGCAUCUGCUUCUCCUCUCUGCAUAUAAAGAUCCCUCGAAAACCCCCUCAAAGUCCAUCAUCCGAACUUCUUUUCCAUCUCCUUUCCCAACCAACCAAAAAAGUUCUCUCUUUCCUCUCUUCAUUCUCACUCUUGCUGACCUUUUUCUGUUUCUUGUGGAGUAAAAGAUGGCUCUCGGCAGGUCGAACAAGCUCCCUCCGGCGGCAGGGCUGAGGCAGAUACUGAAGAGAUGUUCGAGCUUGGGGAGGAAGGAGAACAACGGAGAGCUUCCAGUAGACGUGCCAAAAGGGCAUUUUGCCGUAUAUGUUGGAGAGAAGCGACGCCGCUUCAUCGUUCCCAUUUCGCUUCUGGAAAACCCCGAGUUUCAGAGUCUCUUGCAGCUUGCAGAGGAAGAGUUUGGGUUCGAACAUGGAAUGGGACUCACUAUUCCAUGCGAGGAGGUUGUCUUCUGCGCCCUCACCUCUGAACUCAGAUGAACGAAGCUUUGUUUGGAAGAAGAGGAGAAAAAGCUGAGACAGAGUAGUGCUCUGUCUUGGUUAUUGAUAUUCUUUCUCGUCCUUCUCCUCUGUUUGGGUUUUUUUUUUUUUUUUCUGUGUUAGUUUAGUAGGGAUCAGACUUCUGAGUUCCAUGAGAUGUUACUUAUGGCUUAACUUGUAAAUGACGAGCGGCGUGCGAUGGCGCCCCACUGUAAGAGUUCACUGCAGGUGAGGAAGAAGGAAGGUUGAUUGCCCUGUUAUCGAUCAUGAAAUCACCAUUCUGUCUCUCUCACGCACACACACUCUCUCUCUCUCGCUUGCAAACUCUGCUUCAUGUUAAAAAUUCAGUGCAUAAAAAUCAGGGAGAGUAAUCUGGAUCCUUCUAGUUUUUAAAGCUGCUCUGCUUUUCUGCUCUUA